ACAUCACUUAAACAUUUAUUGUGGCCUAUUGUGUUCGUCUCUUGGGGACUCUCUUUCUUCACUACCAACAGUUUAAAGUUAUAAACUUAGCCUAAGUGCAUAGACUUCGUAUGAACAAAAAAAAAAAGGAUUUUUAACGUAGGCUAUUCAUAAUCAAUCAUAAUUAGUCACAUAUAACCUCGAAGAGACGAUGGAGUAUGUCCAGUAACUGACAAUCACAAUGAAUCAAUCACCAUGAAUCAAUCACAAUGAAUCAAUCACACUGAAUCAAUCACAAUGAAUCAAUCACCAUGAAUCAAUCACAAUGAAUCAAUCACAAUGAAUCAAUCACAAUGAAUCAACUCAACUUUCUUUUAAUUGGCACCAGUGGAAAUGGGAUCAGUUCCCUAGGGAACACACUACUAGGCCAGAAAUAUUUCAAGACUUCAAAUAACUUGCUGUCUACUGACUGCAUAGCUGUCAAAGGAGUCUCCCAUCGGGAGGACUGUAUCAUCACAGUGGUGGAUAUACCAGGCAUCGAUACAGACAAUAAAAACAUAGAUGCUCUGAAAAGUUUCAAAGCAUUGAUCCAAGAAGCAUUGAGACUUUGUGAAGAUGGUUUCACUGCGAUUGUCUUUGUACUGCAAUUCUGUAGUAGAUAUACAAGACAAGAACAAGAGACCCUCAAAUUGAUCAAGGCGACAUUAGGGGAAGGCGUCAUAGCUAAAAGUACUAUUUGUGUUUUUACUCACGGAGACUUGUACAAACAUGAAACUGAAAGUUUUGAAACAUGGUGUCGGAGUCAGAAAGGAAACAUUCAAAACUUCUUAACAGAAUGUAACUACAGGUGUCUUUUAUUUGACAACAAAACGAAAGAUGAUUUGGAUCAACAGAAGCAGCUUCAAAAACUUCUAGAUCUCACCGAUCAAACUGAUCGAUAUUCAUUGAAUCAAUUUUUGUCUGCAGAAAAAGAAAGAAAAUCACUUGAGAAUGAAAUCUCAUCACCUAUUCUAGCGCAAGAAGCUUCAAUGUUUGUUAGCGACAUGCAAACAAAAUUAAAAUCUCUUGAAGAUGAAUGGACUGGAAGUAACAAAGAUAAACUGGACUUACUGUCUAAAUACCAAGAAGAGCUUCAGACUUAUGAGAGCAGCUUUUCAAACAAACACUUCAAGCCUGGAAAAUAUUUAAAUCCAUUUGACUCAAUCAACUUGCUUAAACAAAAUAUUCAGACCAAAUUAAAACUUGUAGAGUCCGAAAUAUUAUUGGAAAAUUUAAAUGAAUCUAAAAAUAAUCGAAGCAUUCAUGAUAAUCCAGCUAAUGCAUCUACUACUCCAGAGGUAAAGUCUUCACUAGAAAUGUCAGAGAGUGGCUAUUAUAACCCAACUAAGACAUCUAACACUUUUAAGAAAACGUCUUCACUAGAGACGUCAGAGAGUUGCUAUGAUAACCCAACUAAGACAUGUACCACUCUAGAGAAAAAGUCUUCACUAGAGACGUCAGAGAGUUGCCAUUUUAAGAUAAAGAAAAGACAAUGUUUUAUUUGUAUUUCAUAUUGUAAUAAGAAUUCUGACUCAUUAGAUCUUGUCAAAACAGAGAAGGGUAUAAUAUGUACGAAAUUGUAAUUAUUCUUCACGAAAAUUAGUUUCAACUAAUGAAGACUACGAAUCUAAGGACCAAAUCAAAACUUAGACCUGAUUAAACAGAAGCAGUAA